AUGUACUGCACCAAACGUUGCCUCCGAACGGCGCUGCGGGCCGCGGUGAAUCUCCAUCGGCGACAGCUUGAGCAUCACCAGACGCCGGCAUGGUGCGCACUUCGACUCCUCAGUACAGGUGCCGCCGUGCGCUCAGACACCCUGGUCACACCGCCGCUAGAUGGCGCCCCCAAACAGUACUCGCCCAAAAUCCAGCAGCUCGUCAGCGACAUAGCCAGCCUCACAUUGUUAGAAGUUUCGGACCUCAAUGAGCUCCUCAAGAAAACAUUAAAUAUUCAGGAUGUGGGAAUGAUGCCGAUGGGCGCGAUGGCUGCUUCGGCUGCUCCUGAACCUUCAGCCGCAGAAGAGGAGGCGCCGGUGAAGAAAGAAAAGACUCACUUCACAGUCAAGCUAACGGAAGUCAACGCGGCCGAGAAGGUGAAACUCAUCAAGGAGGUGAAGAACUGCAUGCAAGGCUUGAACCUUGUGCAGGCCAAGAAGCUCGUGGAGUCUCUUCCUCAGGAGAUCCGUGCCAAUGUUUCCAAAGACGAGGCAGAGAAACUGAAAGCGGCGUUGCAGGCGGCGGGGGGAACCGUCGUCCUGGAGUAG